AUGGUCAUCUUGAGCAGGUCGUGGGUAGCCACCGUGAACCACCAUGCAAACCCUCACAGCUUCACCUCUCCGACCAAACCCGUCUUCUUUCUUACCCAAAAGCCUCACACUCCCCACGUCUGCUCCUCUCGAUGCUCUUUAGUUCUCGAGGAAGAUGAAAAGAAGUCACCUGGUCCGAAACAAGACAAGUGGCCCAUUUUCGAACCUGCUCCAGAUGUCCUUAACCGGGUCUUAUCCAAGUUUCUCCGCGACCCGAAAACCCAUAAAGUUUCUUCCGAGUUCUACGAGAAAGCCAAGGAGAACUCAGAGUUGAGGACCACCAAGCAUCUCAUCAACUACUUGGUGAGUUCCAAGAACUGGGACUUGCUCGUCUCGCUUUGUGAGGAUCUCAGGGAACAUAAAGCGUUCCCUGAUGUUCAUACGUGUUCUCAACUUAUCAGAAGCUGCAUCAGGCAGGGGAAAUUCAGGAUUACUCAUUGCUUGCUUAAUGUGUUUAGAACAGACAAGUCACUGUCCGUGUCUUCAUCUGAUUCAGCGAUGAAAGGCUUUAACAAGUUACAGAUGUAUAGUAGCACGAUCCAAGUGUUUGAUAGGUUGAAACAAUCUGUGGAUGUUGAGCCAAGCCCUGGCUGUUACUGCAGGAUCAUGGAGGCUCAUGAGAGGAUUGGUGAUAGUCAAAAGGUGGUGGAGUUGUUUCAAGAGUUUAAUAGCAAGAGGUUGAGUUUCUUGGCCAAGGAAUCAGGCUCUAUCUACACAAUCUUAUGCUCGUCCCUCGCUAAAUCAGGACGAGCACUCGAAGCUCUGGAGUUUCUGGAGGAGAUGAAAGAUAAAGGCAUUCCACAAAGUAGUGCAUUGUACUCUACCUUGAUCCGUGCCUUGGCUGAGGCCCGGGAGGUUGUAACGGUGGAGAAGCUGUUCAAAGAAGCAGGAGAGAAGAAGAUGUUGAAGGAUCCAGAGAUGUGUUUGAAGGUUGUAUUGAUGUACGUAAGAGAAGGAGCCAUGGAGAGAACUCUAGAGGUUGUGGCUGUGAUGAGGAAGAGCGACUUGAAGGUCACUGACUGCAUUUUCUGCGCGAUUGUGAAUGGAUUCUGUAAACAAAGAGGCUUUGCUGAAGCAGUCAAGGCUUAUGAGUGGCUUAUGAAGCAAGAAUGCGAGGCUGGACAAGUGACUUACGCGAUAACAAUCAAUGCAUACUGUCGGCUAGAGGAGCACGACAAGGCUGAGAUGCUGUUUGAAGAGAUGGUGAAGAAGGGUUUUGACAAAUGCGUUGUUGCAUACUCAAACAUAAUAGAUAUGUACGGGAAGACAAGGAGGCUAAGCGACGCGGUGAAGCUAAUGGCUAAGAUGAAACAAAGAGGAUGUAGACCCAACAUUUGGAUCUACAACUCCUUGAUUGAUAUGCAUGGGAGAGCUAUGGACUUGAGGCGGGUGGAAAAGAUAUGGAAAGAGAUGAAGAGGAUGAAGGUGUUGCCUGAUAAAGUGAGCUACACAAGCAUGAUCAGUGGGUAUAACAGAGGAAAGGAGUUUGAGAGGUGUGUGGAGCUUUACCAUGAGUUUAGGAUGAACAGAGGAAAGAUUGAUAGAGCCAUGGCGGGAAUCAUGGUUGGUGUAUUCUCCAAAACCAGCAGGAUUGAUGAGCUAAUCAGGCUGUUGCAGGACAUGAAAGCCGAAAGAACUAAGUUUGAUGCGAGGCUCUAUUCAUCAGCUUUGAAUGCUCUCCGUGAUGCUGGACUUAACUCACAGAUCAGAUGGUUGCAGGAAAGCUUUGACAUAUCACAACAAACUAGUGGUUCAAGAUAUUCCAAUAUGAAGAACAAAAGAACUUUGCAGAGUUCUUGA